AUGGGCGAUCACGAACAGGAAAACACCAUUACAUUACCAGCCCACAUGAGAUGUGCUGCAUACACUUGGAAUUUAAUCGCCCUCAAGGAUACGAAGAAGGCUGUCGAUAAAAUCGUAUUCAAAAGAGUUCAUAAAAGUGCCUUAGCGAAGGCGAUAUCAUUAUGGAAUCACCAAAACCAAAGCACAACAACCGCUGAUACCGUCUACAAGGAGCUCGGUGUAAGGGAACGACCUGUAAGGCGUGAUAACGACCGCCCUAGGACACUCGUGAAGGCGAAUCUGGGUACAACUCGAGAAUUAGUUUCGGAAUUCGGGGUUGGCCACUUGACCGUUCAUUGUGGACCUUAUGCUAACACAAUGCCGUAUGUUAAUGCAAAUGGUGAUAUUGUGGAGUCGAAAAAUUCAUUUCUUAAUGUAAUUCUGGGCAUCUUCUCUUUCAUAAUGCUUUUUUUCAAAACAUUGUUCGCCCCAUUUCUGGGCUCACAACAACAACAGUUCAAUCCUAGAGAUCGUCUCCGGAAUGGACCAUCUUCAUCCAAUGGACUUGAUCCGAAUAGACGAUGGCCUAGGAGUGGUGGUCCUGGUGGGCCAUCUUAUGCUGAUGAAGGUCGAAACCGUCGUCAAAUGGGUCGAUUACCACGAUCCUCUGGGAUGAGUAUGCCACCAAUGAGCUGUGCACCGGGUGGAUGA